AUGAAUCCCUUCAAAGCUAUCUCCAUCAACACACUCCGAAAUCCCAGAACCUCUUACCGCAACGUUUCAGCUUCGAGUUACCUGAUGCUGAGAACACCCCAUCACUCAAUCCCAACUCAACUGGGCUCAUCAGUCCGCAGCUUCUCAACUGACUCAUACAAGAUAAGAACUCCCAUCCAGUGCCUUCACUUCUUGAUGCCAAUUGUCGAUAAAAUCAGGUAUGUGAUUCCCUUAAGGAGCAAGCAUUCCCUUAAGGAGCAAGCAAUCCCCAUAUCAGACCAAACUGCGAUAACAAAGGACAAUGUUCCUAUAGCCAUUGAUGGGGUGCUUUAUAUAAAGAUUCCGGAUCCCUUGUUGGCAUCUUAUGGCAUCGAAGAUCCUAUAUUUGCAGUCAUUCAACUAUCUCAAACAACAAUGCGAAGCGAGCUUGCGAAGAUCACACUUGACAAGACUUUUGAAGAGCAUGAUAUUCUCAACAAAAACAUUCUCGAUGCUAUUAACGACUGGCCUUUGAAAACGAAUUGGGGUCUAGAAUGUUUGCGGUAUGAGAUCAAAGAUGUAUCACCACCGAAAGGUGUGAGGAAGGCCAUGAAUAGUCAAGCAGAAGCCGAACGCAAGGGGCGUGCUCAGAUUCUUAAUUCCGAUGGUGAUCAAAGACAAGCAAGUGAAGCGGAGGCUAUACUUGCGAAUGCACAAGCUACUGCAAAGGCGAUAAGAGAUGUCUUGAAUGCUAUAUGCUCGCCCAGGGGAAGGGAAGCGACAGGAAUGAGGGUUGCAGAGCAGCACAUUGAAGCAUUUGGUGAGAUGGGGAAGAAGAGCACGAUAACUUUGCUUCCAAGCAAUAUUGCGAAUCCUGCCAGCAUGAUAACAAAGGCUCUAGGCAUAUAUAAAAGCAUGAUGAAGAAAAAUUCUGGUGAUGAUUGA